GCCACCAGCACAGGAGUAGACUCAAACCAUGGGGCGGUUUUUCUGAGUAGGCCUAUGUUGUGCCGUCGGCGGCACCAGUGACCCCUUCUUUGCCCGUGUCGUGACCCUUUAGGCGGUGGACCCCGCAGACCUCGGGUUUUCCAACGCCUGACGCGUCUCACCCCCCGGCGGUUGGGAGAUGCAAACAGGUUUCUCAACUCAAACAGGUUUCGACACUCAAUCGCCCUGGAGAAGAUCGGAGAAACCAGCAGAGAAACCAGCAGGGUUCAAGUCUUACCAGUGACAUCGGGAGACGUGGAGCAGCAUCUCCGGUCAGCGCUCGUGAACCGGCCUUAGCCGCGUUAGCCGCGUUCUCAUGCGGCUCAUGCGACGCGGUUUUCUGGCUGCCCGAAAUGGCCGGCGACGCAGUGCAGGUGAAUGUGGUGGUUGGUGGCAGGACAACAGCGUUCGCCUCCCGUUUGUCAGACCAGCGCUUUGAAGGGUAUGUCAACCCAGAAGCAUAUAUUCUACCCAAAGGACAGAUCAAAUCCUUGCGGAGCCCCUGGGCGGAGACCGUGGAGGACAUCCACCAAGCGCUCCGGUGGUUCCGCGGCAACGCGAGCCGGCAUCGGAACGUGGAGAGAAGGAAGGCGCAUCGCUUCCGUGCUGGAAGCCGCCGCCAUGUCACGAGGUCACCGACCUUUGAGAGGCAGAUCUCACAGAAUGUGAGCUACUUCUUGGAACAGCUGGAGACGGCGGGAACCAUGCUGUCGGGCAGCUACGUGAACAUUGGCGCCAACGAUGGCCUUUCGGAUGAUCCCCUGGCACACUAUGCACGCUCCGAGAAAGUGAAGGCCGGCGGAGGGGCUUUGGCCAUUGAGGCAGACGAGGAGCUGUGUGCAAAGCACAGAGUGAAUCUUCCUUGGGUGAAGUUGGUGUGCUCAAGGGUUUCGACUCAGAAUCUGAAGCUGCUUUUGUCCGGAUUUCCGCCAUCUGCGCGCUCUGACCUCGAUGUUCUGAAGGCACAUGCAGCACUGCACCACAUGGUAGACAUCGACUCCUAUGAUGGGCCGAUCAUCAAGGAAUGUCGAGCUCAGCGUUUGCGACCAAAGAUUCUUCAAGUGGAAAUCAAUGCCGGGAUCCCUCCGCCUUUGCAAUUUGCUUUGCUGGACUCACCGCAAUUGCGAGAAACAGAUUCCAGUGUGGAACUGCUUGGAGUCUUCUCAGAGAAGCUGCCCAUCAAUGCUCCCAUCGCAGGUGUGUCCCUCUCAUACCUUGUUCGUCAACUUGCCCCAGAAUACGUCUUGAUGGACAUUGCGAGCCCGGAUGCCAUCUUCCUAAGAGCUGACAUCGCCAGAGACAUGGCACUGAACCCCUUGGAUGAGUUCGAUGCCUUUGCGCGGGCUUGGUCUGACGUCCAUGGCUUCCAUAGACAAACUUUGAGGCGAUGGGUGUUUCAGCUGGGUCAUAUGGAACUACUUGGGGAGGAACUCCUCGAGGAACUCGAUCGAGAGGAGCAGCCGGCGGAGCGGACCUAUAGUGGUCUCACUGAGUUCCGCGUGUCACGUGUCACGGCGAGCUCCGCGCCGCGGGCCGCGCGACGGGGGCCGCGCGACGUGGCGAGCUCCGCGACGCGGCGAGGGAGCUCGACGAAAGAGGUGACGCGACGAAAGAUGUGGCGACGGCAGGCGACGGCAGGUUGUGCACACGAAAUAUGUGAAGUGGGACAUUCAACAGAGAAUAGUGAGUAGGUCAGAAUAGUUUUUAGGUAGAUACAACAUUAUGAGUCGAUGCAACCAUGGCCUUGAGGAAGGCUGCUGCAAGUCAGGUGGGCAAAUUGAUCUCGCCCCUUCGGUCAGUUGUUGCACAUGCGACCCAUUCGAUGUGUCCUUCGGUUUUGCGAGUCGCGACUGAUGCGAAUCAUUUUGGAUUCCAC